AUGGGCAUUUGUAGCUCUCAAAUGGCCAAAAGAAAUGGCAACAUUUCUUGGAGACCUACAAUUAUGAUCAUUCAUAUUGAUGGAAGAUUACAAGAGUUCAACCAUACGAUCACAGCACGCGAAAUACUCUCUCAAAAUUCGGAUUAUUUUCUUGCAAGUUCGGAAUCAAUGUAUGUUGAUUCAAUUGUUCCUCAAAUUCUAGAUGAUGAAGAGCUUGAACUUGGUCAGAUAUACUUUCUUUUGCCACUUUCUGAGGCUAAUAAAGUGUUUACCUUGCAUGACUUAUGUGGGUUAGCUAUUAAAGCUAGUAUAGCACUUGGGUUCCCUAACAUUAAAAGAAGUCCUUCCAAUGUUGCUAAAAUAGUUGCACAAGCUCGUAGCUCGUGUCGUGUUCUAACAGGUCUUGAUGCCAUUACCGCGAUCUAUCCUCAGGCACGACGAGGUAGCAGGAGAAUCGGUUUUUAA